AUGCUGGCGCUGGGGCAGAUGGACGGCGCGCCCCGGCAGGGCGCCUUCCUGCUGGGCAGCCCGCCGCUGGCCGCCCUGCACAGCAUGGCCGAGAUGAAGGCGCCGCUGUACCCCGCGUACCCCCUGCCCGCCGGGCCCGCCUCCUCCUCCUCAGCCUCCGCCUCGCCCGCCUCCGCCUCGCCCUCUCCGCCGCUCGGCUCCCCCGGCCUCAAGGCGCCCGCCGCCUCCGCCGCCGCCGCGGGCGGGCUCUCGGCGCUGGGCACGGCCCCGCCGCAGCUCUCGGCCGCCACCCCGCACGGCAUCAACGACAUCCUCAGCCGGCCCUCCAUGCCCCUGCCGGGCGCCGCGCUCGCCUCCGCCUCGCCCUCCGCUUCCUCGGCGGCGCCCGCCGGGCUGCUGGCCGGGCUGCCCCGCUUCGGCAGCCUCAGCCCCCCGCCGCCGCCGCCGCCCGCCCUCUACUUCAGCCCUGGGGCUGCCGCUGCCGCCGCCGCCGUGGCCGCCGGGCGCUACCCCAAGCCGCUGGCCGAGCUGCCCGGCCGGACACCGAUCUUCUGGCCGGGGGUGAUGCAGAGCCCGCCCUGGAGGGACGCCCGCCUCGCCUGCGCCCCCCAUCAAGGCUCAAUUUUGCUGGAUAAAGACGGAAAGAGAAAACAUACAAGACCCACUUUUUCUGGCCAGCAGAUUUUCGCUCUGGAAAAGACUUUCGAACAGACGAAAUACCUGGCGGGCCCGGAGCGAGCCCGGCUGGCCUAUUCCCUGGGGAUGACGGAGAGCCAAGUGAAGGUCUGGUUCCAGAACCGACGGACCAAGUGGCGGAAGAAGCACGCGGCGGAGAUGGCAACGGCAAAGAAGAAGCAGGACUCGGAGACGGAGCGGCUGAAGGGCGCCUCGGAGAACGAGGAGGAGGACGACGACUACAACAAACCCCUGGACCCCAAUUCGGACGACGAGAAGAUAACGCAGCUCCUGAAGAAACACAAGCCGGGGGGCGGCGGGCUGCUGCUGCACGCCCCGGAGGGAGAGGCCUCCGUCUAGCCCGCUUCGCCCGCCGCCGCUUUCGGAGAUGUACAGAUCUAUUUUUCUAGACUCUACGCGCCCGGGAGGAGGAGGAGACGCCGGAGGGGCAGCAGAGAGGACUGCGGGCAGCGGGCCCCGGCGGGCGCGGCCGGUCCCGGCGCCGCGUGUUGUUGUAGGGUGGCGGGCGGAGGGGAGCGGCGGGGGCUGCCCCGACCCCCGGCCCCGCUCCCGGCCGUGCGGCGGCCGCGUCUUUGCCGGCUCUUUGUAAAUAAACCGUGAGUCACCGCGACCAUAGGCGUUCCUUACUGUGAAUAUUUAAAAUGUAAAAUACCUUCUUUUUUUUGUACAGCGGGGGCCGGGGGCGCAGCCGCCCCGCCCGCCCCGCGCUCCCCGGCAGCACCGGGGGCACCGCUGGAGCCCCCGGGACGGCGGCAGCGGGGCCGCCGAGGAAAAAGCCGCCGUGGCCGCCACCGGUCCUUCCCUCGGGCCGAAACUGCAGCGGCACCGCGUGCUAUUUAUUAGUAUUUUUGAAACACUUUCUGUUGCCGUCGUCGUGCAAGGGAGGGGG